AUGAAGUUCCUCUCCAUUGCCCUUGCCCUCAUGGCAGCCACUGCUGCUACCGCUGCUCCCGGUCGUACCAUGCAGAAGUGGUGUGGUCACCCCGGCCAGGGCUGUGUCAAGCGCUCUGCCGAGCCAGAGGCUAUGCCCGAGCCUGAGCCCGUUGCUCAGAAGUGGUGCGCCCACCCCGGCCAGGGCUGCUACAUGAUGAAGCGCACUGCCGAUGUCACCACCGAGGUCAAGCGCUCCGCCGAUGCCCUCGCCGAGGCCAUGGCUGAGGCUCACCCCGCCGCUCUUCAGAAGUGGUGUGCUCACCCCGGCCAGGGCUGCGCCAAGGUCAAGCGCACCGCCGAGGCUGUUGAGGAAGUCAAGCGCUCUGCUGAGGCCCUCGCUGAGGCUAUUGCUUCUAUGAACGCCGAGGAGUAA